AUGCUCGUCCUCCUCUUGCUCGGCGUGUUGUUGUAUUUAUUCGUGUGGUCGAUGAGGCUGCCGGGAACAGGGAUCCCGGAGCUGCCGGGGAAGUUACCGAUCAUUGGACACGGCUUAAUGUUUUUCGGCGACGGUAAACACAUCCACAAAACAUUUAAAUGGCUAGGAGAAGAAGCCAUUAAACUAGGUGGGGUUGUUUCAGUGAACUUUGGACCUAUAAAGGUUUACGUUGUUGCUGACCCGGAUGACAGCGCUGUUGUCGCCACCAACUGCUUAGCAAAAGGAUUCUUCUAUGAUUUCUCAAACGCUUACAUAGGAAAUGCAAUACUUUGUGCGAAGCUUCCACUUUGGAAACAACAAAGGAAGGCGUUAAAUCCGGCUUUCAAACAACAAAUCCUCAACAACUUCAUGGACAUUUUCAACAACCAGGGAAGGAGACUGAUCAUGCAGUUCGCAGCGCACGGGCCGGGCUCGUUUGACCACCAUCAUCCCAUUUUGAUAAACAAUUUGGAAUCCUCACUGCAAACCCUAGCAGGAUACCAUAUAGAUGAAAUAGCCGAUAAAUGUGACACAUAUGUUCAAAGCGUUGAAGAAUUCCUUCACAUUGUUUCUGAAAGAUUCUCCAAAAUAUGGUGGUACAGCGACUAUUUAUUUAGCUUCUCAGAUUUGAAGAAACGACUAGAUAAAUGUACAAAUAUCAUACACAGCUAUAGUCUAAAUGCAAUCAAGAAAAAAAGAUUGGAAAGGAAAUUCAAUUCUACUUCUGAAAAGGAUUUGAAUUGUAGAACCGAAGAAACUAUAUCCUUGUUAGAUUUUAUUCUCGAUCAAGACAAAUCCAAGCAGUUUUUGACUGACGAGGAAAUACGAGAACAAAUAGAUGUAUUCCUUAUAGCCUCCUUUGAUACUUCUGCCACCGCAUUGAUUUAUUUGUUAACAGUAGUGGGGUCGUAUCCCGAGGUGCAGCAAAAAAUAUAUGAUGAGAUAUUAGCCGAAGUAGGUGACAACAAAGAUGUCACGAAAGAUGUCCUACCAAAACUCGUUUAUUUGGAGGCGGUGAUCAAGGAGACUCUGAGGAUAUACACUGUUGUACCUGCGAUAGCAAGAAAAACUGAUAUUGACUUAAAACUCAAAAAUUAUACAAUACCUAAAGGAAGCUCUAUAAGUAUUAUGUUGGGGACCCUGCACCAGCAUCCGCAGUGGGGACCGGACGCCCAUCAAUUCAGGCCCGAACGAUGGUUCACUGAAAACCUUAAUGUCUUUGCUCCCUUCAGCAUGGGGAAACGAAAUUGCAUUGGAAAGGUCUACGCUAUGAUGUCCAUGAAAGUAUUGCUAGUGCACGUGUUCCGUCAUUACAAAGUCACAGGAGACAUCUCGAACACCGAGCAUCGGCUGGGCGUCCUGUUGAAGCCGGCAACUGGUCAUCAUAUUAAAUUGGACAAAAGGAAUAAGACGUGA